AACUCAAGAAGUAGACUACAUGUGGUUAGUGAGCACCCACUCAUCAUUGGAGGCAGAUACUUCAAAUCAUCUGAGGGCUACAUUCUCUGAGACCAGAGUGGACAGGAUGGAACCAGUCUUCAUCCUUUUCCUGUUAGCAGGACUUGCAGGAACAUCAGCAACAAAUACCACAGAAUUACCAUCUAACAUAACUAUGGGUUUUGCUGUAGCAACAGCAGCACCAACCACUGCUACACCAACCAAUGACCCAUCUACUCCAGUAGCUGCACCAACCACUGCACCUACAGCGCCACCAACAGCUCAACCAACCAAUGCACCAACAGCUGCACCAACCACUGCAUCAACAGCACCACCAACAGCUCAACCAACCACUGCACCAACCACUGCACCAACAGCCCCACCAACAGCUCAACCAACCACUGCACCAACAGCCGCACCAACCGCUGACCCAUCCACUACUCCAGUCGCUGCACCAACCACUGCACCGACAGCCCCACCAACAGCUCAACAAACCACUGCAACAACAGAUACUCCAAACACUGACCAAUCCACUACUCCAGGUUUUGCUGUAACAACAGCAGCACCAACCACUACUACACCAACUAAUGACCCAUCUACUCCAGUAGCUGCACCAACCACUGCACCAACAGCACCACCAACAGCUCAACCAACCACUGCACCAACAGCAUCACCAACAGCUCAACCAACCACUGCACCAACAGCCGCACCAACCGCUGACCCAUCCACUAAUCCAGUUGCUGCACCAACCACUGCACCAACAGCACCACUAACAGCUCAACAAACCACUGCACCGACAGCACCACCAACAGCUCAACAAACCACUGCACCAACAGCUCAAAAACCCACUGCAACAACAGAUACUCCAAACACUGACCCAUCCACUACUCCAACAGCACCACCAACAGCACCACCAACCACUGCUCCAAUAAGUGUACCAACAACUGCACUAACAGCACCACCGUCCACUCUACCAACAGCACCACCAACCACUGCAGCGACAGGUUCACCAACAACCGCUACACCAACUGCUGACCCAUCCACUAUUCCAGUUGCUGCACCAAACACUGCACUAACAGCUCCACCAACAGGUCAACAGACCACCGCACUAACGGCACCACCAACCACUGCAACAACAGAUGCACCAAAAACUUCUACACCAACCAAUGACCCAUCCACUGCUCCAACAAUUGCAAGAACAACUGCUACACCAAACACUGACGCAUCCACUACUCCAACAGCACCAUCAACAGCAUUACUAACCACUCUACCAACAGCACCACCAACCACAACAGCUUCAACCACUGCUGCACUAACCACUGCCACAACAGAAGUUAUGCCAGAAGUGAAAUUGGAGUUCAAACUUGACAAAAUAUUCACAGAAGACUUGAUGAAUACAUCCUCCCCACAAUUCCUAUUUCUGGAAAAUGAAGUAACUUCAGGGCUCGACUAUAUUUUUCAAAAAACGUAUGGAUCCAGGUUCAAACGCACCAAGGUUAAAAGCUUCAGGAAAGGAUCAGUUGUGGUAGAUUCUGUGCUGGUGUUUAACAACAUCAGUUCAGUCCCUGAGUCCACUGAUGUGGCUACCACUAUGGUGGAGGCCGUGUCCAGCAACAGCUCCAACUUCUCCCUUCCAGUGAACACAUCUUCAAUUGUGGUGACAAAAACAGUAGCAACAACUGCUGUGCCAACCACUACUCCACCAGCUCCGCCAACACUACCACCACCCAGUGCUGCAACAGCUGCUACAGUAGCCGCUUCAACAAUAGAUCCAACAGCAGCUCCAACUACAACUCCAUCAGUAGUUCAAACAGCAUCCCCAACAGUAGGACCAGCUGUUACUCCAACAGCAGCACCAACCGCUCCUCCAACAGCUACAUCAACAGCAACACCAAUAGCUGCACAAACAGCAACACCAACAGCUGCACCAACAGUAACACCAACAGCUGCAGCAACAGUAGGACCAACAGCAGCACCAACAGCUCCUCAAACAGCCGCACCAACAGCAACACCAACAGCUGCUCCAACAGCAACACCUACAGCUGCUCCAACAGCAACACCAACAGCUGCUCCAACAGCUGCACCAACAGCAGCUCCAACAGCUGCUCCAACGGUUGCACCAACAGUAGGAUCAACAGCUACUCCAUCAAUAGUUCCAACAGCAUCUCCAACCGUUCCUACUGUGGUAACAACUUCUGCUACCACAGGAUCAAUUAGUACCACUGCUUCAAUAAACCCACCAUCAUCAAGUGAGGGCAGUUUGGGUCUUAAAUUCAGUCUGAAUCAGAUGUUUAAUUUAGAUUUAUCCAACUCAUCGUCGGCAGCAUACAAGAAUCUUGCUGCCACUGUGACAUCUGAGAUAAACAAAAUAUGCAGGAAGAAAUUUGCUUCUUUUCUCCGUGCCAUCGUCCAGAAAUUCACGAGUGGAUCUGUAGUUGUUGAUAUGACUCUCGUGUUCAAGAACAAGUCUUCAGUUCCCACUGCAAACAACGUGGAAUUGACUCUGAGUGCAGCGCAUGCUGACAAUUCAACUUCCCUAAACAUUGUUGGUGGGAGUAUCAGUGCUCAAACAAAUACAACUGACACCGCUUUUUCAGCAAGUCCUCCCAGACACAAAAAUGUAUCAAUGGCUGCCAUAAUGCUGAGUCUACUACUAGUGGUACAGAUGUUGGCUACCCUAUAGGCUGGCUGUUAGCCAUCUUCUGAGGAGGCUAAAGUGUAGGAAUAGUGUUCUUGUCCUACUAUACCUGAUGCGGUUUGUUUCGACACCCACAACCGACCAAGAACCAGGCCUGAAUCCUCAUGUUACAGAUCAUGUAACUGUGAUGAAGCCAGUGAUUAAAAUGUCUCUAACUUGAAUCAGUGGCAGAUACACACACACAGAGUUGCCUGAAAUUAUAGGUAGUGCAGACCCCAUGCCCAUGAUGCAACUGAUCAUUAAAAUGGCGGUUAGUUAUUUUGAGUUUUUGCAUUAGUAAACACAUUAAUUUAUGUCCUUCUGUUAGCUAGCCAGAAUUUCAUUCUUAAAGAAAACACUUUAGGAAUUGAGUCAGUUGAGUAAAAUGCUGUUAAUUUCUUGCAAAUAGUUUAUUUAUAUUUUAAUUGUAAUGAUCACAUUUUCUAAAAUUGUAUCGUUCAUAAUGACCUGUUAUCGCACAAUGGCCACAGUGUUUUUAGUGGUCUCUGCCAUUGCAUUUAAGUUUAUUUAAUCUGCUUUGUGUGGUGUUGAAAAGUGACAGCAUUGUCGAUGUCCCUAUUCAUCUUUUGCACACUCCAUGAGCUUGUUCUGCAAAAUAAUUAUUUGUUUGAUUAAUGAAAAUGAAUGAAUAAAAAUAUAAUGCUAUUUACGGUAGUAGCCUAUGCCUAUGUCUUAUCAUAAUACAUUUUAAAUGACCGGAAUAAUAGAUUAUGUCAACAUUUGUAAGAUGCUGCAUGUCAAAAUGAUGGACAACAAGAAAUUGUAAUGCAACCUCUGAACCAUCAGGGCAAGGGUAUAAAACAAUUUCUUAAGAUUUGAGUUGUCUGUGGUGUCUUGGCUGUAUGUUUAGGGUCAUUGUUGUGCUGAAAGUGAACGUGUCAGAAUACUUUGACUACAUGCACAGAAUAGUUGAGAAAUGUUUUUCUGGGUCCAGGAAUUGUUCCACCAUUUACCCCACAUGCAGACAGUUAAAACAUCUAGUUGUAGGUUCAACUGUAGGUGUACAGUUCAACUCAGAUUGAAGAAAAAAAUGUAAGGAACAUUGAUCAAUUCAUCUAGGAAUACCCUCCCUUUCAGAGAUGGUUGGUAAAGCAAAUCCAAUAUUAGCUUUCACAUAAACAUUGUCAGUGAAGUGGGGUUGGUCUUCAGAAGCCGUUGAGCUACUGCUAUUCGGGACACGCAGACUCUUCAUCUGAUACAUGGCCAGAUGAUUUUGUGUUAUUGUCUAUAGUGUCAAAUAUGGGAGACAGGCGUUGACUUUAGAUGCUCUCCAUGUUUGUUCUGACCUGCAGAUUAUUACGUGUGUAUUUGUGUGUCAAGGAUGGUUGUGUCUGUGGUCAAUUGUUCCUCCUGUUAAUAAAUACG